AUGUUGGCGCUUUCCAUGAUUACCAGGGCCGGUGUGAAUGCCAACAAGGUCGUCAUUGGAGAAUCUAGUUAUGGAAGAUCGUUUCGAAUGGCCAAGACUGGCUGUACUGGGCCGGAUUGCACAUUUACUGGCGCAAACGGUCAAUCUGACGCCGCAAAAGGGAGAUGCACAAACGCCAGCGGGUACCUUGCUAAUGCAGAGAUUAACGAGAUCAUAUCCAAGUCAUCAAAGUCGAAAAAGACAUGGUUCGACAAGGAUACUGCCUCGGAUUAUCUGGUGUAUAACGAUGUUGAAUGGGUAGCCUACAUGUCCGAUCACACAAAGGAAGUCCGCCGCGACAAAUGGAAGCAGCUCAACUUUGGUGGAUCAGUCGACUGGGCGGUUGACUUGCAAGAAUUCAACGGGGCAGACACCGUUGGCCCGCAUGGAGCUUACGACAACUCUUCUUGCAUACAAGUCUUUGACAAUAUGAUAUGGGACUGGCUCAAUCCAUCAAUAGAGGCAGUCGUCGGAUGCACGAAUAUUCUUCAACCCUCGCCUCUCCCAGUUACAGUUACACUUACGGCAUAUACGACAAUUACUCUCCAAUCUGGAACGUCAAUCAGCACAACGGUAGUAUCUGCACCAUUUUCCAUCUCUGAAGUUGACUAUCAGCCGUUUACGUUUAAUGAGUCGGACAUCAGGUCGUUGAGUUCUGGACAAAUGUUCGCGUAUAAUCCCACUCCUAGGAUAACGCCAAAUCCCGUUACGAUUCCCAUACCCGCUGGGUGGACGGUAACAGGAAUAGGAAAAGCCACGAAAGAAGAUCCGUCAAAGGAACCUUCCAAGUCAAUUAUUGGACUUCCACAAGCGACUAGCACCACCACUUCAUCCCAUGACGGAAUUGGCUUCUUGCUGCCCAUUACCUGGCUCCCGACGAUGAGCUACAAAAUUCCGUCAGUGCUUACUCCUAAGCCACCAGCUCCAACAGAGCUCCCUGAUGACGACGAGCACCCAAUCGUCAAUCCUCCUACUCCUCCCGGUGUUGUAGACUGUAAAAACGAUUCAUGCACCAAGGGCCAGGACUGCGAGAAUGACGAGUGCUUGCGGGGAGUGGAGGAAAUUGCGUUGGUUCUCAUUGUCAACGAGGAGGAAUUUGUGAAGGAGAAGCAUGCGACAAAGGAGGCGGUUGUUCUAAAAACUCCUCCGGAAGCUGCAACUCUGGGGAGUGCAAGGGCAAAGGAUGUUUCCCUCGGGCACCCCGGUGAGCUUCCCAAGGCCUACAUGCCUCUUUGGGUGCCCAAAACUCCCCGAAUGUCCUUCUUGGGACCUCUUGUGCAACGCACCAUGCGGCCUGAUCGGUUGUCCUCCGGGCCGCCAACCAACAUCCAAAGCCUGUACAACGUUACAAACGGCUGGUCAACUACUACUCGAACUCAAUGCGAGAAGGUAGUCGAUUGCGACGCUGCUGACAUGACUGUCACGACGACUAUAAAAUCGUCAAGCGAAGAGCCAGAUCCAACCUACAUUGCAAAGGUGAUCGGGUACGAAGGAAUGAAGCUACUGAGAGAUGAAGCUCUUUUCGCGUCCAUUGGUGAAGAUGAAGACGAUUUUUUCUCUCUCCUCGAGUCACCCACCACGACCACUUCAGAGAUGCCUUCAACGUCCUCCGAAGAUGCCACUCCAGAGCCUACUCCAGAGCCUACUCAGACGCCAGAAGUCACAUGUGGGAUUGCGCUUUACCCACCAAUCAUGUGGCGAUUGGAUAUAAUUGACAUGACAGGCAGUUGGGUUUUGGACGAUGAAGGUAAAAGUCUCAAAAAGGAGAUCAAAGGCUGCGGUGCAGUGACAGGAUGGGAAUGGUUCAGAAGAGCGGAUGGCACACUUGCUGUAUUCGACAUUGCCAAUAUAAUGACUGCCACAAUCAAGCUCUAUACCAACCACGGCUGCCCUUGGGCCCACCGUGCUCAUAUUGCAUUGGCAGAGCUGAAAAUCCCAUUUGAAGAGGAAAUCAUUGACUUGAGUGUUCCUCGUACGCCAGAGUACCUGGCAAUCAACCCUCGUGGCCUCGUUCCUAGUCUUUCCUACAAUGGCCAGAUUAUUACAGAGUCUGCUAUUGUCGCCCAGUUCCUAGCCGAUGCCUAUCCGUCCCACCUGGUCCCGAAUGGGGGCACUCCUGAGGCGGCUCUUACUCGCGCCAGAAUAAACUUCUUUGUCGAUACCUUUUUUAGCAAGGUCAAUUCUCUUUACCACAAAGCGCUUUUCGCCAAGACAGAUGAAGAGGCCGAGGAGGCUGCGGCGGAGUUUGUUAAGCAGCUUGAGAAGGAAGUUGAGCCACUGUUGAGCGAUGCAGCCCCGUAUUUCGGAGGAAGUAAGACAUUGACCUUGGCUGAGGUCCUCACCGGAUCUUUCAUUCUACGAUUGCUCUCUCUACCAAAGAAUGGUGUUGGGCCAGAGAGUUUGAUCAAAGAACUGCCUACCAAGACACCCAACUUUUAUAAAUGGGCAACUACAGUGAUUGAACAUCCUAGUGUGAAUGGAAUUUGGAACGAGGAAAAGGUUGUGGCUGGCACCAAGGCUCGCCUUGCAAAGUUGAAGGCGGCAUAA